AUGGAUGAAGCGACCCUGGAGGCCGCCAUCGCCGCCUACGGCGCUCAGCUGCAGCAGGUGGAGACGGCCCUGUCUGCGGGCCUGGACCCCAGCCAGCAGCCGGACCUGCUGAAACUGAAGGAGGACCUCUGCCAGCUGAUAGAGCUCACAGAGGCCAGCCUGGUGUCCGUCAAAAAGAGCCGGCUGCUGGCCAGCUUGGAGGACAGUAACGAGCCGCAUGGGAACACCUGCGAGGUGGCGGCCGACACCAGCAGGGUCGACGAGAACCUGAGCGCAGAGUUUGCCGCUUUUUACUCGGAACUGGGAGAGUGUUCAGGCAGCGGCUCUGACUCCAGAGAGAAGGAUGAGGAAGGCAGAGAGGGAGAUGGAGAAGAGGAGGAAGACGAAGAGGGAGAGGAUGCGCUUAGCGGUACCAAGGUGAGAGCCCCCUACAGGACGUCCUGGGGGACGCUGGAGUACCACAACGCCAUGGUGGUCGGGGCAGAGCCGCCGGACGGAGAGGAGGCGCAGGUCCGAGUGCUUUUCGUCUACCCCACCCAGAAAUCCAUGAAACCAUGUCCCUUCUACCUGGAGGACAAAUGUCGGUUUCAGGAGAACUGCAGGUUUUCUCAUGGGGAGGUGGUUUACGUGUCCGAACUCCGGGAGUUCUUGGACUGUGACCUCAGUAACCUUGAAGAAGGUUCUGCCUGCUUGGCUCGACAUGUGGACGGCAUCUGGUACCCGGCCAGGAUAAAAGAAAUGGACAGUGGUUUCUUCACAGUAAAGUUCGACUCACUGCUGAUGAAAGAUGCCGUUGUCGAGGCCGACGGGGUCAUCCCGCCCCUCAGAGAAGACGACCCGCUCUCCUCUGACCCUGAUUCAGACGAUGCUGGAGAUGCAGAUGCAGUGGGAUAUGCAAAAGUUCUCGACUCUGCCACAGAAUCGUCUGAAGCAGUGAGCAGUGCUAACUUCGGGGGCUGGGAGGCUCAUACCAGAGGCAUUGGAUCCAAACUAAUGCUCAAAAUGGGCUACAAGUUUGGAAAAGGCCUAGGGAAGCUGCAGGAGGGUCGGGUGGAGCCGGUGAUGGCCGUGGUCCUGCCCAAGGGAAAGUCUCUGGAUGAGUGUGCCGAGCUGACACAGAGGCGUACCCACAGCAGGGCUGCUCAGGAUGGUGCCCACACCAGCCGGCCAAAGCGCCGCAGAAAGCCGAAAGUCUCCACCGGAGGGCGCCGUACCGUCUUUGAUUUUUUAAACCACAAGCUGGGAGAUAAGAGCUCAGAUCCUGCUGCUGCUGGGGCGGCGGGAGCGACCGGGGUGGAGGCUUACAGGGCCGGGAAAAGCACCAAAAGGAGCCUGAAUGUGAAGCUCUUCCAGGCCGCAGAGAGGGUGGCUCAGACUGAGAGGGAGAUCCAGAAACUGAGUGAGUCUCUUGGCAGACAGACGGGCAGGGAUUCAUCCAGAGUGAAGCAGCUGGAAGAGAAGCUGUCAGCGGCCCGCUGCCUGCUGGCCCAGCAGAAAGCACACGAGCUGUCCAUCCAGAGGGAUCACAAGAAGGCAGACACACACAAGAAGAUGACAGAGUUCUAACUACACAGACAGAGGGAGGCGCUGCUGGCCUCUAAUUAACUCAUAUUCACUGCUUAUUGUCACUUCUCUGCCUUGUUUCUUUUUCUUUUUUCUUGUUUUUUACAGGAUUCCUUCUGGAUGAUUUGCUACCAGCAUCAUGGCUUUUGGCUGGCAGCGUAUUUCUUUUUUUAGUUGUUGUUUAUUGUGGAUGGUUUAUGGAAAUUUAACAAUGUUGUUAAAAAUAAAUUUUUAGUUGUCAUGAACGACCUGUUUUGUAUUUUUGGUUCUGAUACCACAGCUGAACAUUUGCCCCACAUUUUGUGACAUCACAACAACAAAGUUCAUAAAAUAGUGUUUAAUUCUGGAAAGAAAAAAAUACUUGGGUUUAAAAACUUCAGUAAUUGUGGUAUGCAAAUGUAUUCAGCAUCCUCACAGCAUGAUGCUGCCACUGUUAUGUUUUAACAUAAAAAUUGUGCAUCUAGGUUCAGGGUCUGCAACCUUUACAACCCAUCGAGACGUUUUUACCCUCAGUUUAGUUACAAAAACAUUUAAGAACCACAUGCGCUUUAGAAAAAAAGCAAAUAAUUUCUGAUAAAUGUCUAUAAUAGGAAAUGUGUUUAUUUAUAUAUUUAAAUAACCACUUAAACUUUUACAAAAAGAAGAUAGUGGGAACUGAUAUAAAAAACAUAGUUUUCAACAUAAUGACAAAAAAAAAAUCAAAACAAGUAUUAAUAGCAUUCUGUUGUAUAAAUUCAGUAUAAUUACUGUAUUUCAUAGAAAAGAUAAAAACAGAUCAAAUCUGCCGUUAGAUCUAAAGUGAAGGAGCUUCUGAAAGAGACAGACCCGAUUUCAAGGCGUCAAAUUUCUUUAUAUCCAACGUUUUUAUUACUCUUGUGCUAUAAAAUGACACCAAGUUCCUGGAAAAUACAUGUUCCCGCCCCUUUAAGGUAAUGGCUGCUGUUUUUGUGCUAUCAGAGAAAAAGGAGAUGAAAACUUUAACAUAUUUCUUUUAGCAUUCCUUUCACUUCACAGUGUACUACUUUGUGUCUAAUUGAACCCCUAAACAAUACAUUAAAAUAUUCAGUUAGAACAGGAAAAAGUAUUGGGUUCUUGAAGGUGAAUGUUUUUGAAACAUACUAAUAAACAUUCAUCUGUA